UCCCAACAAAUGAAGGCCUAGUCUUUAUCAAACCUCUGAACCUGGCUUUAUAGUGCUUAACCCCUACUCAUGCUCUCCACCACUCCUUCAUUUUCCCCUUUACUGAGCUAAUGACAGCUUGCGAGAUCAUCAAUUGCUACCGCAUAGCGAGAUUCCACUACAGUAAUCCUGAAGGGCGGCUCUUCUGAAGCCUCUUUGGCAUUUGAUGAUCUCGUAAAGGCUCCACCCUCGCUGCUCGGCGCCCAGUAGUCAUUUGGCCUGUACACCAAGGUUUCUUCUCCGUCGAAUCAUUGGCUAAUCAUCAAAAGGGUUCAGAAGGGCUUGAUAUUAUCAUAGAUAUUAACUAAUAUGAAAAGGUCUUUAGACAUCGAUAUUAACUAACAUGAAAAGGCCUUUAGACAUUCAAGGUCUCUUUUCAGGAUCAGCCCAAUCAGAGGAGUCUACCUUGGAUGUGGAAAACAAUACGUGCUGUCACCCAAACCUGCCUUCCUGUAACCCUUCUGUGCUCCAGCCGUAUGCAUCAGGAGGCCAACACUCUGAAAGUAAUGCUGCAUACUUCUCAUGGCCUACAUCUACCCAUAUGCAUGAUUCAGCUGAAGGCCGAGCUAACUAUUUUGGGAACCUUCAGAAAGGAGUGCUUCCGGGUAAUCUCGGGCGCCUACCAAAGGGGCAACAAGCAACAACAUUGCUGGAUUUGAUGACUAUCAGGGCAUUUCAUAGUAAAAUCUUGCGUAGAUUUAGUCUUGGCACAGCAGUAGGCUUCCGUAUUCGACAUGGCAUGCUAACUAAUAUACCGGCAAUUCUAGUUUUUGUUGCUCGUAAAGUUCACCAUAAAUGGCUUAACAAGGUCCAAUGUUUGCCAUCUGUCCUAGAGGGGCCAGGGGGUAUAUGGUGUGAUGUGGAUGUUGUUGAGUUUUCAUACUAUGGUGCACCUGCACCAACUCCCAAAGAACAGUUGUAUACCAAGCUGGUGGAUGGUUUAUGGGGAAGUGAUCCAUAUUUAGGUUCAGGUUCUCAGGUGGCAAGCCAAGAGACUUAUGGAACUCUUGGUGCCAUUGUGAAAAGUAGGACGGGAAGCAAACAAGUCGGUUUCCUUACGAACCGGCAUGUCGCUGUUGAUUUGGAUUACCCUAACCAGAAGAUGUUUCACCCUUUACCACCUAACCUUGGGCCUGGGGUCUAUCUCGGUGCUGUGGAAAGAGCAACUUCUUUUAUCACAGAUGAUUUAUGGUUCGGGAUCUAUGCUGGAACAAACCCAGAAACCUUUGUGCGAGCUGAUGGAGCGUUCAUCCCAUUUGCUGAUGAUUUCGACAUGUCCAAUGUCACUACAUCUGUUAAGGGAGUGGGUGAGAUUGGGGAUGUUAAGGUUGUAGACUUGCAGUCUCCAAUCAACAGUCUUAUUGGAAGGCAAGUGGUGAAGGUUGGAAGGAGCUCUGGUUUGACUACUGGAACAGUCAUGGCUUAUGCCCUCGAGUACAAUGAUGAGAAAGGGAUCUGCUUUUUCACAGAUUUUCUUGUUGUUGGUGUAAACCAUGAAACUUUUGAUCUUGAAGGAGACAGUGGUAGCCUCAUUAUUUUGACGGGACAGGAAGCUGAGAAGCCUCAACCCAUAGGGAUAAUAUGGGGUGGAACAGCUAACCGUGGGAGACUGAAGCUUAGGUGUGGCCAUGGUCCAGAGAAUUGGACUAGUGGAGUUGAUCUUGGGAGGCUUCUUAACCUCUUAGAACUUGAUCUAAUCACAACUAAUGAAAGUCUACAAGAAGCUCUGCAGGACCAAAGAGUGGCCUUAGUCGCGGCUUUGGAUUCCACUGUAGGAGAAUCAUCACCACCUGUGGGCAACCUUCCUAAUGGAAAGGCUGAUGGCAUCUAUGAACCUGUUCCCCUUGGUAUUAAUAUUCAAACUAUUGAUGGCGCAUCUGGAUCUGGAAUGAACAACUCCUGCUCCCAGUUGGAUUUUCAGGUGCAGACGGUUGAAACAGCAAAGAAUGUGGAAGAACUCCAAUUCAUUCCUAGCUUUGCAAAUGCAUCUCCAUUACACAAGAACCAAGAAGACAGCACUGAAGAAAAGUGUCUUUCUGCACUCAGAAACUCAUCUGAAGAAGAUUUCUGUGUUUCUUUGCAUUUAGGGGAUCGUGAACCUAAACGACAGAGAUCAGGCCCGACCUCUACUACUAUAGAUUCACCUGGUUGUGGGCAUCAGCAUUGACAUUUGUAAGAGAGAUUAUUUUGCAGUGGUCUGAUAGUUUUGAACAUUUACUAAGGUUUCGUUUGGGACGACUUUUUUACUACUUUUUAAAGCAGUUUUUUAGUACAAAAUUUUUAAUUUUUGUAAUAAAAAGCUAUUUUAAAAAGCAGAAAAAAAGCCGUCCCAAACGAAGCCUAAAUAUAAGUUAUAAAUAUCCUCAAUACUUACUUAACUUUGCUAAACUGAUAUCCAUUUCUCUAUGUUACCACAUUACAAGAAUGUUCAAAUUAUAUUCCACUGGCUCUUGUUCGUGGAGCUUGAAAUCAUCAGUCAGGUACUUAA